CUCCUCCAAUCGGAAGAGCGGGUGGGCGGGGCCCCGCCGCAGCUGCUGUCAGCUGAGCUCGCCAGCUGCCGGCGCGCUGCGGUCCGAGGACGGCAGGCAGCGCCGGGCAGGCAGCGCUCGGCUGACGGACAGGCGGACGGGCGGGCUCCCCCCGCGAUGUCCCCCGCCUGGUUUGCCCUGCUCCUCUUCCUUCUCCUCCUCCUCGGCUUCUGCCCGGCUGGUCACGGUUUACGCAUCCAGGAGUACCUUUACUUCCAUGUCCUCAGUCCGGGAGAUAUCCGUUACACCUUCACGGCUACGCCAGCCAAGGACUUUGGCGGAGUCUUCAACAUGAGAUUCGAGCAGAUUUACCUGGUUCCGUCCGAUCCGCCAGACGCCUGCGGGGCGUUGAACAACGGGGUCUUUAUUGAAGGCCAGAUCGCCUUGGUGGAACACGGGGGCUGCUCUUUUCUGUCCAAGACUCGCACGAUCCAGGAACACGGAGGCCAAGCGGUGAUCAUUGCAGACAAUAGUUACGACAAGGACACAACCUACGUGGAGACGAUGCAGCCCAGGGCCGACAUCCCUGCCCUUUUCCUGCUGGGGAGAGACGGGUACAUGAUCCGUCGCUCUCUGGAGCAGCACGGGCUCCCUUGGGCCGUGAUUUCCAUCCCGGUCAACGCCAGCAGCGUUCCGGCUUCCGAAUUCCUGCAGCCUCCGGGGAUUUUUUGGUAGCAAAAAAAAGGAGGGAGCGAGCUGCGGCGUCGCAGAACCGGACGGAAGAGAUAGACGAUCCCACCCACGGAUCAGCGUUGUCACCCAGUCCUGCAGCUUAUAGGACCACAGGAUCGUUUUUGAAGAAGGGAAACUGACCGGACCGUGUCAUCUGGAUGGCUGCUGACCCAGAUAACACCCACUGGAACUGGUGGGCCCAACCAGCAGCUCUUGAGGCCCAAAGAGGAAGCCUGGACAGCUGGUUGGCUUGUUGCCCAUGGCUUGCUGGUGUGAGGGUGGUUACCGGGUGGUCUCAAAUCCGAGAAUCCCAAGGCCACGUCUUCAAGAAAUGUUUGCCUUGUCCUCACUUCCCGAGUCUGGGGUCUGAACCCCAGGGGGGCCUUUAAGAACCCCCCCCCCUUAGUUUCAAAUUCAGAUGCCAACUUGGGCAAAAUAUUGACCGGAUGGACAUUUGGGUAGUUUUGUGGGUGACAACGCCCGAGUUCACACGCGACAAAGCAAACUAUGGUUUAAGGCAGAGGUUGGAUGGCAAGGACUAAGCCCGGGGAGGGGACGGUGUGUGUGUGUGUGUGUGUGUGUGUGGUGUGUGCAUUGCAUACUUUCAGCGGCCUUUCACAGUUUGGGCACUUCCCCCAAGAUUUAAGGGUCAACCCCCCCCAAUUCAAGAAGCAUGGUUUUUGUUAAGUUCUCGACUUAAUAAGUUCAUUUAGUGACGGUUCAGGGUUACCACGGCACUGGGAGAAAAAGGGACAUUUUUCGAACUGGCCAACGGCCGGAUUGAUUGUGUUGUGUUUUGCCUUUGUCAAUCACUGCCGGUCACCCUCCUUGAUUAAAAGCAAAAGGCCACAUUCUCCAGCCCUUGGGGGGGUCUCUGCUGGCUAGUUCUGUCAUUUAUUUAA